AUGGCCACUCUUGUCCCUCCAAAGAGUGCCAAAAGAGCUCGUCUAGAGCAGGCCGCCGAGGAUGCUAGAGCAGCUCAACUUGCCGAAGCCGGUCGGAUAGGACCUUCUUCGGCUACCUUGGUCGUUCAAUUUCGUGAUUCAAACGGCUCAGCACUUGGUCCGGUGAUCUCUUUGCCUGCCGAUACGGGAGCAGGACAAAUGAACAUGAUUGUCAAUCAACUAAGAAGACAGAUGAGAGCUGAAAAGAAAGCAAACAGAACAAGAGAAGAACGAAAGAAAGCUGCUGAAGAGGACGAAAGUUCAGACGAGGAGGAUGAUGAAGAUUUACCAUUUGCGUUUCACGUUGCUUUGGACGAAAAUGGAGAGAGGAAGGAUAUACCCAUUAACCUGCAAACACGCUUGACAAUUGCAAAGAACCUUAAAGAAGAUGUCUUGAUGACGAAACAAGCACAGCAGAUGGGAUUGAGUGAGGAAGAUACAUUAAAUGUAGUCUUUGAACCACAAGCAGUGUUCCGAGUACGGCCCGUAAGAAGAUGUUCAACAACGCUCAACGGACAUGCAUCUCCGAUCUUAUGCUCAACAUUUUCGCCCAGUGGUACACUUUUGGUCACAGGCGCAGGUGAUAAGACUGCUAGAAUCUGGGAUCUGACGUCAGAAUUACCUCUACAUACCCUGACUGGACAUGCAGGUUGGGUUCUAUGUGCCGAAUGGGAAGGUCGCGAAAGAAGACUGGCAACGGGAGAUAUGAAUGGGGAAGUACGGAUAUGGGAUGCUACAGAUUCUACACAAGGAAAGACGGGAAGACUUGCUUGGGGAUCCAAGACGGGUGAUCAAGUUCGAGCAGAACAGGGAGAUUCAACGGAAAAGCUUACUUCAGCUCAAAUGCGUUCUCUACGGCAUGCUUCUCCCAAAGGACACGUCUUGAAAGGGCAUGCGAAAUGGAUCACUUCACUGGCAUGGGAACCCAUCCAUCUCAAUCCUUCUCAGCCAAGAUUGGCCUCUUCGAGUAAAGAUGGAACUGUACGUGUAUGGAAUGCGACGUCUAGAUUGUGUCAGUAUGCAUUAGGUGCUCAUACAGCAAGUGUCAAUGUUGUUAGAUGGGGUGGAAGAGGAUUGCUCUAUACCGCCAGCUCAGAUAGGACAAUCAAAGUGUGGGAUGCCAAAGAUGGAAAGAUGAUACGAUCCUUAAACGAGCAUGCUCAUUGGAUCAACACACUUUCCCUCAGUACAGACUGGGUAUUGCGAACUGGGCCAUUUGAUCAUCUUGGAAAGGUGGCUGAUAAGACAGAUGCAAAGACGGAGGAAGAAUUGGAUCAACAAGUUCAAAAAGCAGCCGAAGCAAGAUUCAAAGCGGCAACUGCGGGAAACAAAGCGGAACAAUUAAUCAGUGGAUCAGACGAUCAUACUUUAUACCUUUGGCCACCACAAUCUCAUCUCGAUAAUGGAGAGGGAGCAGCAACGCCCAAGAAACCGAUUGCACGUUUGACCGGUCAUCAAAAACUGGUCAAUCAUGUCUGUUUCUCGCCAAACGGUCAAUGGAUCGCAAGUGCAAGCUUUGAUAAUUCGGUAAAAUUAUGGGAAGCUAGAACGGGUAAAUUUGUUGCAACUUUGCGUGGUCAUGUUGCUAGUGUGUACAGGAUCGCAUGGAGUGCCGAUAGCAGAAUGUUGAUCAGUGCUUCGAAAGAUUCCACUCUGAAAUUGUGGGAUCUGCGAACAUUCAAAAUCCGACAAGAUCUUCCCGGUCACAGUGACGAAGUGUAUUGCGUUGACUUCGCCGCUGACAAGGUGGCCAGUGGUGGUCGUGAUAAAGUUUUAAAAAUCUGGAGAAAUUGA